GUAAAAAUAAAAAUUUCUUAACACAGUAAUCUUAUAUACAUGUGUAUCAUGUAUGGUUAAAGUUAAACACAGAGGCAGUAUUUCACACAUAUUUAACCGCAAACGUUUUGCGCGGCUGUUAUAAAUGAGCCGUAAUUGUGUCAGGAUCUAUGUAGUGUACUACUGCAGUAGUACUACUACUUCCUCUACUACGCAGUAUUUCCAUUUACUGCGCUGUCUUUGUCCUCAGUAACUGUGGUUACAGUUUAUCCUUGAAAUCGAGCUGAACGGCCAGAUUUUCUUUUUAUUUAUUCUUUUAUCCUCAUGCCACCCAAGAGGGACGCAGGAGCAACUCCAGCACAACCACCAAUGAAGAUGAUUAAGAUCGGCACAGAUGCACAGGAGUUUGGCUGUGAUCCAGCGGAGGACAAGUACAGGUUGGCUGAAGAGUCCAGCUACUCACCUUUUCCCAGCAAUGAGAAUGACACCAUUGAAUUUGACGAAGAAAAUAUUGCAAGUCCAGGCAUCAGAACAGACACCAUCAGCCUCCUCAUGAAAAUAGAGCAGCUGCAGGCACAACUCAAAUAUGAACGCAGAUGUAGAAUUUUGGCCGAGCGAGAGCUGAGGGAGCUGAAAGAGAUGAACACUCUCAUGAUGCAGAUGAGGCACACAGCACAUGAACUACGAGUCACCCUGGAUCACGUUCUCCAAGGAGGCGAGGCAGCAGUUGCACCACAAAACUCUCAAGAUGAAACCAUGUCUUUCCUGGCUGAGCCUGAGGCAGAGAUGAGAGAGGUUCAUAAUAUCCCGGAGGACGACCACAACUUCCUGUUUCUCUCAGAGAAUCUUCGAGUUCCCAAAAAUCUUUAUGAGCGCAUUGCAGAGAUUGCAGACUACAAGAAGUACACCUCAGCGCUGCUGAUGAUACUUUUUGACAGAGAAACAUUGGCUACACACUCUCUGCAGGGCCGGAGGAACACCUUCACAGGCGAGGAUUGCCACAAACCUCAACUCCCACCUGAGAUCUUGAGAAGUAUAAUUGAUCAUGUGGCAGUCAAGUUUGGUGUUGACAGCAGCCAAAUAAAAACUGCAAUCCGGACAAAGUUGAAUAACGAGGACAAACUAUUAAAGAAGAGGCUGGGUUUGGGUAAAGCUGAAAACAAAGCGACUAUUGAUCAAAGCUUUUGCCAAGAUGCUUCACUCUUGCCUGAAAAUGGAGCGAUGAGAAGUGACUCUCAGUUAUAGCAUUUAUAUAUGGCAAGUCUGCCUUCAUUUGUUAGUCACCAGUUUUUCAUGUGUGAUAGAAAUGUGUGGCAGAAUACUUUUUCUUAAACCACAUCUAGUUUAUUCAGUAUUGAAAUCUAGUGCUUGAAGUCACUUUAUUUUCUUAACUCUUUUCAGAAUUCUUCCUUUUUUUUACUUUGGACAGCUGUUUUUGUCUAUUGUACUGUACGUUGGAAAAGUGCAAAGUUUAACCUGGUGACCUAGUGACCCAUUGAACUGCACUAUAAAAUGUCACGUGUAAUCAUCAGUGGUGAAAAUAACCAAGUGUUCUUAUUUAAUUUGAGGUAGUAAGUUGCUGUGUCUUGAUAACAGGUCUGUGAAGUCAAUCUUUGUCAAACAUUUAUACUGUAUCUUAACCAGCUGGCCUUCGAGUGUUUGAAAGUAGGAAAUGUUUGAAAUGUUUAAAAUAAUAGAGAUCUCAUUAGUACCUUGUUGUUCAUGAACAAAUUGUGCAUUACAUCAAGAGAUACUGUCUUUCUAGAAUAGUUUUUUGCAGCUAGUUCUUAGAAUAAGCCAGAGGUGAUAAUUAACCUCCUGUCUCCACAACAUCUGAUUCACCACUCUGUUUGUUGUGCUUCACUAUGUGCGAGCCAGUAAAUUUUUGGAACCGA